AUGCGCUGCUUCGCAAUCUUCAUACUAUUCCCCGCCCUCCUCCUCACAUUCGUGCAGGUCGUCCAGAGCGGCCCCUUGGGCGUGGCCAUCAUCAACACCAUGCCAACUGUUCUCAUCGAUCACGGCCGCGACAAGAUUGCUCAGAAACUGACAGAGAUGAUUGAAAGAGAGCGCAGAAAGAAGGCGGAAAGGGAGCAAGGCAAAUGA